GGAACGCGUUUUUAGCUGUUGUGUUGUCUGGUGCGGUUUUGCUGUGAAUUACGACAACAGAGAGCGCUUAUAUUUUUUUGCGAGUUUAAACGUGUUAUUUAACAAAUUAUUUACCAAACCUUAUAUCAUUCGUGGUUAAGGUUGUAUCUGAAUUACUGAUCAACAUAACCAAAACACGGGACACUUGUUCCCAACAUAAACUUCCUUUCCUCUGUCAGAUGACGACAGGCGGAAACCCAGAACAAUAUUUUCAUCGGAACAUGGCUGAGCUGCCCGGAGAAGGCGAUGCGGCAGGUAAACCCACUGGGUCAGCAGGUAAAGCCACUGAUAACGUCCUGGAGGUGGGAACUGACUUGUUGAAAGAAUUCAUAUAUGAGCGGGUGCGUCGUCAUGGUGACCCAGAGGCAUCGGUGACGCGGAGCGAGCUGGGGGGGAGGGAACUGUGUGACCCCAACCACAAGCGACUGGCACAGUGCCUACAGCAGAUCGGAGACGAGCUAGACAGCAACACACAGCUGCAGAGCAUGAUCAAUGACUCAGCGCUGAAGCCCACCAAGGACGUGUUUGUGAAGGUGGCUUGUGAGAUCUUCUCAGAUGGGAAGUUCAACUGGGGCAGGGUGGUGGCGCUCUUCUAUUUUGCCUGCAGACUAGUCAUCAAGGCUUUAUUGACCAGGGUGCCUGACAUCAUUCGCACCAUCAUAACCUGGACUAUAGACUACCUUCAAGAUCACGUGAUCAACUGGAUCCGUGAGCAAGGUGGAUGGGAUGGCAUUCGCUCCCACUUUGGCACGCCCACGUGGCAGACUGUCGGUGUGUUCCUGGCAGGAGUUCUCACCACUGUGCUGGUCAUCCGCAAACUAUGAAGGGGAGGAGAAAGGAGAGUGAGCGCGUGAGAGAGAAGAGGGGAGAGAGAGAGAGAUAAACUGAAAGACGGGAAAGAAAGAGUGGAGGAACAGAGAGUUGAAAGAGAAAAAAAUGGCCUGGAGAAAACUCAGUGGACAUGCUGGGGAUGCUUAGUGGGAAGACAGCGAUCUAAGAUGGCUGAUGUGAGCGAGGGGGAUGUAGAAGUCGUGGGUGAGCAAAGGAGCUACAGAAUACAAUGUCAUUUACUUACUCCUGCCUCACGCCUGUAUGCUGUACACACACACUCACAUAACAGAGCCAACGCUGAAGAAAGAGAGAGAGCAGAAGAUGGGAAGAGUGAGAUGAGCGAGAGAUGAACGAGAGAGAGAGAGAGAGAGAGGAGGGAGGGAGGGAGGGAGGGAGGAAGGGAGGGAGGGUAGGCAGGCAGGGUCAGUAGCGACAAAUGAAAUGGCUUAUUUAUUUAUUUCCAAUCAAAGCAAACAAAUGGUCACUGCAUUCAAACUUGACAAUCUUGGAACAAAGUGAUCUGUCAAAUCUCUCAACCCACUCAAUGUGAAGAGCAGUGUAAUCACCAUGGAUCUCUACCACUCUAUACGUUUCCCACCUUUUGCACUCUCCUCAGCUAUCUCCCCUCUUCUCCCCUCCGCCGUCUCCUGUCAUGCUCAGCAGACACCGUUAGGUCUCUCUGAUCUCUCUCUGAGCUCAGAGGUCUUGUUAGAGUGCACUUUAUAGGGCUGUGUUUUGACGUGUAGAGGCACAGGUGAAGCACUGAGUGUUUACAUGUGUGUGUGUGUGUGUGCACGCUUGUGUAUGUGUGUGGGAGCUCACACACGUACGCAGACGUACACACAACUGAUUGUGAGGAGCAGACAGACCUGUGGCGAAUUACCUCUUGACAGUAUAGUGUUGGGUGUACUGUAUUUUUUAAAUCCUGCCUAUUUAUACUCGUCCCACAGCACCUACUCACCUUGGUGCUUCUCUCCUUCCACACCCCUUGUCUGCUGUUGGAAAUCCAGUCUUUUUUAAAAAAUAAUUACUUUUCAGUUGUCAGUGCCUUGGUUUUUUGUUUUUUACAACUAUGAAAUCACUUUAAUACAAUUCUCCUUUUCAUCUUUUUCUACACUUUCGUACAAUUUCUAUAAAAAUACAGGAACCAUUUUGUCACUGUUGCAGUGGCCGAUUGUUUGUUUUCUAUGUUGUUAUAAGAUUAAAAAAAAAAAAAAAAAAUGUUUUUACCAACUUUAA